AUGUCUGACCAAAUUGCCAUCAAGUGCGCGACGAUCCGAGGCGACGCUGGUUUCGAGAUAGAGAACCGGAUAUUUGACAAACUCCAACAGAAUCCUCCCUACUCUGCUCCCGGGAGGGGAUCUCGAGAGGCGACUUCGAAGCCGACAGACGAUAGAUCCGGCCACCGGACCGAGAACCAAUCUCUCGGACUCGCGCACGGUGAUCUUCGACCCUCGAAUCUCCUUCUCGACGCCCAGGACCACCUCAAGCUGGCCGACUCUGGCAACACGCAGGCCGUUGGGACGGACGUCGAGGUGGGUACCGCACCGUACGCCAGAGUGUUUGGGGAUGACGCUCCUGCACACAGCCUCCGAUGCUCUUUUGGUCUUCUGGGUCCACGCACCGAGAAAUUCGCAAUGGUCAGGGGGUAUGAACCGUACGAUGACCAAUGGUACGGGGAGGAUCACGGCCCUGAGACGGUCGAAAAGAUGCGGGACAGGCGUUGA